AUUCUGUGCUGGGAUACUGUGUCCCCUACAAAUGUCAGAGCUCUUUUGAAAAAAAAAUCAGAAAUAAGUAUGGCAGUAUAUUUAUUAGGAUCUAUGUAUUUGUGCCUUCAACAAAAUAAAUGUAAUUUACUGGAAAAUCUGUAAGUAAAUCAGGCUACAGAUAUUACAAGAAAACUAUCUAUCCAUAUAUUUUUCUUACCCUCCCCCCACAUUUAAAUCUAGAGACCUAGUCUCUGCUUUUACUCCCUUAAACAGAUAACUUCCCAGGUACUGCAGUUUAGCCACAGAAAAAGAAUGGCUUAUCCCACAGCAGUAGGCUCUGAAGCAAUCACAAGGUUGUUUACAUGGGCUGCCUUUGGUGCAGAGCCUGACAGUGUCUGUACAGCAGCCCUGCCUGCUUCUGGUCAUGUUGAUGAUAACUUUUAUGAACAAACUGCAAGGAAGCAGGCUAAGUCAUAUGGGACAGGCCACAGUUCAGGUGGAAGGAAAAUGAGUGUAAAUGCACCAGGCAUUGCCAGUACAACAUCCGAUAUCUCCUUCUAUCCCUAAUCUGCUAGUUGUCGGACCCUGGAAGAUCUCACAGAAUGCUUAUCAACAUAUUUAAAAUGGUUGCAGUAAGGAACAUUUCUCUCAGAGAAGCUUCUGUGAAUUUUCUACUUUAGGUGAGCAUAUAUGUUAUGAAUAUAUAACAAAUAAAUAUAUAAAUAUAUCACAAGCUUCUGACUCCACUUCAGAACCAUUAGAUUUUAGGGGUUGGAUGCUUUGGAUGUAGCAGUUUGGCUGCCUCUGGCUAAUGUGAGAAACACCAACGGCAGGCCCAUCUCAGAUCUUCACUAUGGCAACUCAUGCAAGAAGCUGUUGAAUUAGACCCGUUUCCUAUAGAUGAGAAACCAUACAAGCUGUGGUAUUUAUGAGCCUCCAUUUCUUAUACUACUGCAGUGAACCAACAUUGGAUGUGAAAAUUGCCUUUUGUCAGGUGUGUGUUCCUUACAGGUAAAACAAGGGAUUCGAUAAACAAGUGGAUGUGUCAUAUAUUGCCAAACAUUACAACAUGAGCAAAAGCAAAGUUGACAACCAAUUCUACAGCGUGGAAGUGGGAGACUCAACCUUCACAGUUCUCAAGCGCUACCAGAAUCUAAAGCCUAUUGGCUCUGGAGCUCAGGGCAUAGUUUGUGCCGCGUAUGAUGCUGUCCUUGACAGAAAUGUGGCCAUUAAGAAGCUCAGCAGACCCUUUCAGAACCAAACCCAUGCCAAGAGAGCGUACCGGGAGCUGGUCCUCAUGAAGUGUGUGAACCAUAAAAACAUUAUUAGUUUAUUAAAUGUCUUCACACCCCAGAAAACGCUGGAGGAGUUCCAAGAUGUUUACUUAGUAAUGGAACUGAUGGAUGCCAACUUAUGUCAAGUGAUUCAGAUGGAAUUAGACCACGAGCGAAUGUCUUACCUGCUGUACCAAAUGCUGUGUGGCAUUAAGCACCUCCACUCUGCUGGAAUUAUUCACAGGGAUUUAAAACCAAGUAACAUUGUAGUCAAGUCUGAUUGCACAUUGAAAAUCCUGGACUUUGGACUGGCCAGGACAGCAGGCACAAGCUUCAUGAUGACUCCAUAUGUGGUGACACGUUAUUACAGAGCCCCCGAGGUCAUCCUGGGGAUGGGCUACAAGGAGAACGUGGAUAUAUGGUCUGUGGGAUGCAUUAUGGGAGAAAUGGUUCGCCACAAAAUCCUCUUUCCAGGAAGGGACUAUAUUGACCAGUGGAAUAAGGUAAUUGAACAACUAGGAACACCAUGUCCAGAAUUCAUGAAGAAAUUGCAACCCACAGUAAGAAACUAUGUGGAGAAUCGGCCCAAGUAUGCGGGACUCACCUUCCCCAAGCUCUUCCCAGAUUCCCUCUUCCCAGCGGACUCUGAGCACAAUAAACUCAAAGCCAGCCAAGCCAGGGACUUGUUGUCAAAGAUGCUAGUGAUUGACCCAGCAAAAAGAAUAUCAGUGGACGACGCCUUACAGCAUCCCUACAUCAACGUCUGGUAUGACCCAGCCGAAGUGGAGGCGCCUCCACCUCAGAUAUAUGACAAGCAGUUGGAUGAAAGAGAACACACAAUCGAAGAAUGGAAAGAACUUAUCUACAAGGAAGUAAUGAACUCAGAAGAGAAGACUAAAAAUGGCGUAGUAAAAGGACAGCCUUCUCCUUCAGGUGCAGCAGUGAACAGCAGUGAGAGUCUCCCUCCAUCCUCGUCUGUCAAUGACAUCUCCUCCAUGUCCACCGACCAGACCCUGGCAUCUGACACUGACAGCAGCCUGGAAGCUUCGGCAGGACCCCUGGGUUGUUGCAGGUGACUAGCCGCCUGCCUGCGAAACCCAGCGUUCUUCAGGAGAUGAUGUGAUGGAACACACACACACACACACAGACACUCAUGCACAGUCACAAAUGCAGACACACAACAUCAAGAAAGCAGCAAGGGAGGGAAUCCAAGCCUAAAAUUAAAUCAAUCUUUCAGCCUGCUUCUUCCCCAGAGUUCUGUAUUGCAGCUGAGCUCAAAUGUAUAUUUAACUUCUAGUUGCUCUUGCUUUGGUCUUCUUCCACUGAUGCUUACUACAGAAAGCAAAUCAGACACAAUUAGAGAAGCCUUUUCCAUAAAGUGUAAUUUUAAUGGCUGCAGAACCAGCAACCUGUAACUGCCCUUUUAAAUGGCAUGACAAGGUGUGCAGUGGCCCCAUCCAGCAUGUGUGUGUCUCUAUCUUGCAUCUACCUGCUCCUUGGCCUAGUCAGAUGGAUGUAGAUACAGAUCCGCAUGUGUCUGUAUUCAUACAGCACUACUUACUUAGAGAUGCUACUGUCAGUGUCCUCAGGGCUCUACCAAGACAUCAUGCACUGGGGUACCACAUGGUCCGUUUCAUGUGAUCUAUUACUCUGACAUAAACCCAUCUGUAAUAUAUUGCCAGUAUAUAAGCUGUUUAGUUUGUUAAUUAAUUAAACUGUAUGUCUUAUAAGAAAA